AUGGCCGCCUCUCCGGGCCCCGCAGGCGGUGGCGGCGCCGGGGCAGCGCACGGCUCCGGCCAGUCGGGCUUCGCCUUCGACUCCGGACUCGAGAUCAAAACUCGCUCGGUGGAGCAGACGCUGCUGCCGCUGGUUUCUCAGAUCACCACACUUAUUAAUCAUAAAGAUAAUACCAAAAAGUCUGAUAAAACUCUGCAAGCAAUUCAGCGUGUAGGACAAGCCGUCAACUUGGCAGUUGGAAGAUUUGUUAAAGUGGGGGAAGCUAUAGCCAAUGAAAACUGGGACUUGAAAGAAGAAAUAAAUAUUGCCUGUAUUGAAGCUAAACAAGCAGGAGAAACAAUUGCAGCACUUACAGAUGUGAGCAGCCUGAAUCAUCCAGAGUCAGAUGGCCAGAUCACAAUUUUUACAGAUAAAACAGGAGUCAUAAAGGCUGCAAGAUCACUUCUUUCUUCAGUGACGAGAGUGUUGCUGCUGGCAGAUCGAGUAGUCGUCAAGCACAUAAUAAGAUCGAGAAAUAAGGUUCUUGCAACUAUGGAAAGACUGGAGAAAGUGAAUAGCUUUCAAGAGUUUGUCCAAAUAUUCAGUCAAUUUGGAAAUGAAAUGGUGGAGUUUGCACAUCUAACUGGAGAUAGACAAAAUGAUUUGAAGGAUGAAAAGAAAAAGGCAAAAAUGGCAGCAGCUAGGUCAGUUCUUGAAAAGUGUACAAUGAUGCUGCUCACAGCUUCAAAGACUUGUCUCAGGCAUCCCAACUGUGAGUCAGCCCAUAAAAACAAAGAAGGAGUAUUUGACCGGAUGAAAGUGGCAUUGGAUAAGGUCAUUGAAAUUGUGACCGAAUGCAAACCAAAUGGAGAGAAUGACAUUUCAUCUAUCAGUAUUUUUACUGGGAUUAAGGAAUUCAAGACGAAUAUUGAAACUCUUCGGGAGAACCUUUAUUUUCAGUCAAGAGAGACUCUCUCAGUGAUGUUGGAAGCCCUCUUGGAGCGCACGGAGGACUUCACUGAUUGUGCCUACACCAGCCAUGAGCACAGGGAACGCAUCUUGGAACUGUCAGCUCAGGCGAGGACGGAAUUGCAGCAGUUAAUUUCUGUGUGGAUUCAAGCUCAAAGCAGGAAAACAAAAAGCAUCACUGAAGAACUGGAACUCACUAUAUUGAAAAUCAGUCACAGUCUCAAUGAACUUAAGAAAGAGCUUCAUAGCACAGCAGCUCAGCUGGGAGCAGAUCUGUUAAAAUGCCAUGCUGAUCAUGUGCUUCUAAAAGCGUUAAAACUUACUGGAAUAGAAGGAAAUUUAGAAGGUUUGGCUGAAUAUGCCUGCAAACUCUCUGAACAGAAAGAGCGGCUUGUUGAGACCUGUCGAUUGUUGAGACAUGUAUCUGGGACAGAACCUCUUGAAAUAACCUGUCUACAUGCAGAGGAGACAUUUCAGGUGACUGGCCAGCAGAUAAUUUCUGCUGCUGAAACUUUGACAUUGCAUCCAUCUAGUAAAAUUGCUAAAGAAAAUCUAGAUGUAUUCUGUGAAGCCUGGGAAUGCCAAAUUAGUGAUAUGUCAAUACUGCUGAGAGAAAUCAAUGAUGUGUUUGAAGGAAAACGAGGAGAGAAGUAUGGCUACCUUUCACUUCCAAAGCCAGUGAAGAAUAGUGCAAACCUGAGAUCAUUAAAGGCAGACAAGCCUGACUCUGAGGAGCAAGCCAAGAUAGCAAAGCUUGGACUCAAACUGGGUUUGCUCACUUCUGAUGCCAACUGCGAGAUUGAGAAGUGGGAGGAUCAGGAGAAUGAGAUGGUUCUGUAUGGAAGGAACAUGUCCAGUAUGGCCUAUUCUCUGUAUUUAUUUACUAGGGGAGAGGGGCCGCUAAAAACUUACCAGGAUUUAAUUCAUCAACUAGAGGUUUUUGCUGAAGAGGGUUUGAAGCUUGCGUCGAGUGUACAGGCUUUCUCAAAACAGCUGAAAGAUGAUGACAAACUUAUGCUUCUCCUGGAAAUAAACAAGUUUGUUCCUCUCUGCCACCAACUCCAGACAAUAAUUAAGACACCUUUGCAGAAUCAAGUGUUUCUAAAGGUUGAUAAGUGUAUUACAAAGGCAAGGUCCAUGAUGGCUGUUUUGGUUCAGCUUCUCUCACUUUGCUAUAAACUGUUGAAGAAGAAAAACAUCUCUUGCUUGCCAGUUGUUAGAAAAAAGCAAGAGAAGAACAGUGAGUGCAGGGGCAGUCAGAUCUGGGAGGCUGAAGACAGAAUUGAGGCUUGUUAUGCAAGACAAAGAAGGAAGACUUGGUCAGGUUUUAAGAUCGGGCCUCUGCGUGCCGGCGUCGGGGGCUGUGAGAGCGGGGAACCCGGCCUGGCGCAGUGGGGCGAGGGCGGCGGGUGA